UUGGAUCUCGCGCUGGCUGCGAGACAACUGUUAUAUAAUUAAUUCACAAAGGCGGGAAAACAAUCAUUUCUGUUAUGUCCCAGCGAGUAAAAUGUAACAAGAUUAAGUUAUUGUAUUAAAGGAAUGAGAAAUGAGCUCGACAAAACUCGAUAGUUUGCUCGAUCAAGAAAACCGAGAGCAACUGCACAAAUUCGUGCAAGAAACACGAACCGACGAACUUGUAAAAAUAAUAUCUGACAGAAUAUGUGACUCAGAUAUUUCCAAACUAUUAGAUAGGAUCUUACAAGUAUGUUCAGAGUCUGAAAAUCUAUAUUCAAAGAGAUUCAAGUUAAUAGAAUCCAUCUUGAAAGCUCUAGCUAAAGCUGAAGUCCCGAUCAGUCAUGUGAGUGACAUUGUCAAUCGAAUAGUGGUUGAUUUUCCUAAUUAUCCAAAACUACACCUGAUCAAAUUGGUAGAAUUUUGUCUGGCCAGUAUCCAUAAUAAUGAUGAUGAUUUCACAAGUUGGAAGGAUUUAUUACCUGUUCUUCUGGAAGUACUGGAAGAUGAGAAAUGUAUUAAUUACAUGAAUGGAGAAAUUUCUGGAUCCAAGUACAAAUCUCUCAUCAUUAACAAUAUAUGUAACAGCAAGUGGAAUACAGAAAUUAUGCCUUCGUUAGCGAUGAUGUUUAGAGAUAUGUCUUUCGAGAAGGAGGAUCAUACCUUGGUUAUCACUGUACUAUGCACAAGACUACAAGAUAUACCUCUCGAAGAAUUGCCUCCCUUUGUACAUCAGGCACUAAGACUUUGUAAUAACCAAGACAGUAAAUAUCUUUUAGAGGCACUACGUAGAUACUUCACGCUGCGUUUCUCCCAAGUUAAUUCUGAUGAUACAGACACCUUCGAGACUAUUGAUACCAUAAGCACUAAGGAAAUUCAAGAUAUCGAGAGUACAGUAUUAUAUCACGUGUACCAAGCAGCGCAGUUAAAUCAUCAGCACAUAAGGGACUACAUUCGGUAUUCUAAAAAUAUAUCGAGCAAUCCUGAAGCUGUACUGGAGCCCUUUAUGCUUUCGGUAUUGCUCACAGUCGCUUCUGUUUGUGAAGAUCAGAUUUUCGAGAUACUGCAUACGGUUAUAAAUAAGUGGAACGAGAAUGACAACAGACGGAAGAACAGCAUGUGGUUGAGAAAAUUGACCCCUGAGUCCUGCGAUAUAAUGACUGUGAUGGUAAACAUCAUAGACGCCAGUGAGAGAGACCGGCAUUUAGUACUGAAGGGACUUGUAGAUCUCGCAUUCGGCCUCAUGGCUACAGAGUGCAAGUCGAAGACAGGCGCGCAUCCUUUGUGGAAAAUCGGCAUUAAAGUGCUCCAGAGAAUCAUGAGGAAACACCACGAAACGGUCGCGACUGUGCUUCAGACGCUGAUCGAUAAAAUAAUCGCCAGUGGAUUGUCUAUUUCGCAAUACACCGAUUGUUUGGCGUACAUGUGUCGCAAGCUACCGAUUCUCGUAUUGGAACAAAAGGAUUUCGUGACUAGUCUCCUUGAUCAGAUCUCAUCUGUGCCCGGCGAAGUUUCCAUAUUCAUCAUUUCCGCGAUAUUUCCAUUGAUAAAUACUUCGGCCAACAUCAGAGAGCAAACGAUAUUAACGUUGAGGAUGAUUCUCUACAGAAAGGGUACGUUCAAUCGACAAAUGGCGAUCAGCGGUCUCUCGGAGCUGUUGAAGAACUUGAAGAAGUGUUCGUUGAGCGGCCCUAUGUUGAACUCAAGCCAGUGCAUCACUUCAUCAUCGAUCAGCACCAGUUUUGUCUCGACCCAGGUGACAUUAGAAAGAGGAUCGCAAGCAAUGGGACCUAAUGUGGUGUACAAUAGAUGUUUGAGUUACGACUUGUUGGGAAUUCUGAGAAAAUGUUUCACUCACGAAUACGAAGUCCGGUUAUAUUUGUACAACAGUCUGUAUGACGUUGUAUCGAGAAACAUCGAGAUCGGCGAAUACAUACUGGAGAUGUUAUUGCCGCACUUCCGAUUGUACUUCGAAGAUGACGAAAAUAUCUUGCUGCCCAUCAAGCUGGAACUAUGCGUACAAGGGGAGCAGGCUGUAUUGCAGGAACCUCUGGCGGAGCUGAUAUUUGUAUUGCAGAAGAUCUACAUCAAGGCGGCUCUGCUGAAAUCGCCUCUCGUAGAUGAGCUAGCUGUUAUCUUGGAGUCUCUCUGCAGGCGAAUGCCGCGAGUCGAUACGGAACACCUGAAUCUGGACGACAAUCUCGAUUUAAACAGCGUCAAGUCGCGGGAAAAAUUGCAGAAUGUUCUGACAAUGAUCAAGAUUUACGAGGCCCUUAUAUCCUUCAGGAUAGGCGCGUGGUCAGUGAAUUGUACCGACGCCGCGCAAAGUGUCAGGAAUCUGUUCAAAGGAUACAUGAAUUUAAUUGAAUUUACAAAGCAUGUACCAAAGGUUAAGAAGGGUCCAGGCAAAAAUAAGAAACAAAAUGACCCAAAUAAUUCGACCAUGAAGAAGGGUGGUCGGUCGAGUAACAUAAAGCUACCACCUAGCAUCUUGGAUCUGUCUGUAGUGUGCAAAAGCUUAACGCUCUUUUACCUGAGACCGGUUCCUUGGGCAAGUGCGAAUCAAGUAGCCGUUUUAGCGGAAUAUCACGAUUUCUACCAUUACAUACUGCGAACGUUGCUGCAAAUCUUGCAGAGCGUCAAGCACUUGACGGAAUACAAUUUACGGAGGCACAAAGAUCAAAACAUGAAGGUGUACUGCGAAAUUGGAAAAUUAUUAUACGAUCACGUUAUAUUAGAUUUGAAGAAAGUUCUCGAUGCGGACGAACAAGGAAGUAUAUUAGCACUGGAAUGUUUUAAAGAAUUAUGUUACCUAAUCUGCACCACUUUCGCCACCGAAUUACAGCGAUUUCUCGAUAAUAUCGUUCCUAACGAGCAAAACCGAUCGGAUAAUCUUAACAUACCAUUAGCAAUUAUAAUUUCCACCGUAAGAACGAGUUUCAGAACGUUCUUCGGAGAGAAAGAGGGAUAUGAAGAAAAUUCCAAAAAGAUACUUUGCACGCUGCUGGAUAUUAUACGUCAGCUGACGCAAGAGAUUAACUUUUAUGAAACGCAUGACGACAAAAUAUUCGAGUCGAUGAUAGAGUUGGCACAAUUGAACGGUAUAGAUCCUCAAGCUUCCUUGAUUAUUUUUCAAAUCCUAUUGUGGAUAGAAGAGCGCGAUGAAGAGUACGGCGAAUUAUUAAUCGAUAUCACUUUUUCGCUAUGCGAAGUAGUGGGCAACAUCGAUAAGACUGAGAUACCGGAGAAUAAUAAAUUCAAGAUUGCACACGAAGAUACAGCGUUACAGCUUUACAAUCUACUGAAUAGCUCGGUGAAAGAGAAGUUAAAAAACGCGUCGUGGCUGUUGGUGCGACUUAAAGCUGAACAGAACAUAGCUUGUCUAUCUGGUGCGGAUAUGGAAACGCACCAAGAGAAGCUGAGAACGCAGGAACGUAGUCUGUGUAGACAAUUGUCGCACAUUAUACAGAUACUUUAUACAUUAGCCAACGUUGCUAUCAAACCGGGUGCAUCGACGGAUUUUAUGUUCAAGAAUUUGCAACAUCUGUACAACAUGCUCAGCAAUCUUACCAAAUAUUUCUACGCAAAAUCCAACAAGCAGAACGCAGCGUUUCAAUCGGUCAAAUUUAUUCAAGUGAUCCAAUCAGCCGGGAAACCAUUGAAAACUGCGUUUUACAACUUAAUAACGCACACUGAGGAAAAUCAAAAAGCAAGGCCAAAAGCUGAUUCACAUGUACAGAGGAAUAAGAUUUUAAAGGAAACCAAGAUCAUACCAAGUGUAAUAUAUGAGAUUGAACAAUUCUGCAAGGAGGUUCUGUUACUCGAUAAGAAGACUGGCAUACCGCUUAAGACUUACAUAAAGCACAGUAUAACACGAGAUUUCCGCAUAAAGAACACGCAGUUAUCGGAAGCGUUGGAGAAGAUGGACAUAAGUUUGCUGUAUACGCAGAAUUCUCGUCACCACAAUGCAAGCACAUCUAACGCAGACUUAAACGAUGUGUCCGUGGAAUCAUCAUCCACGGAAUCAACGCCACUGAAACGACCUAAAAUAUCAGACACUUGACACUAGCUUACUACAUAACCAUUUCUGUAAGUCACAAAUUUUGGUUUGCUCACUUCAACAUAACAAGCCCUAUGACUUUGUGCGUAUCGUUCAAUAAAUUUUGUAUACAGGACAGUACUUAUGAAUCUCACUGAUAGUGUAUGUAAAAUUAGUGCAUUUAUUAAAUAUAAAUAUCCUAUUACAUUA